AUGAGGUUGAUCAUAUCCUUCCAUUUGUACGAUGCCAGCCUUAUCAUAGACAGCCUUAUCAUAGACCUCCUGCAGGUGUUCCACGUAGACUUCACGCUUGCUGUCUUCCAGCCAGAGAUCAACUCACUAAAUGGCCUGGACAGCUGUGAGCAGGUGUCUCGUGAUCUGGGUAUCACUGAGACCGAUAUGAAUAGGACCACUCCUCUGCUGCUUGAGCUUGUCAAGAGAGACAGACACAGGGAGAAGGCCUCCAUCUUCUCAGCAGGCGAGGAGGCCAGCCACAGUGACAACAGUCUGAACUUCGUCUCUCUAAAGGGUAAAGGUCAGGGUCACGUGGUGUCGAGGUACAGAGAGGCAUAUGGGGACAACGGCAACGCCCCUGUGGCUGGUGAGGAUGCUUUGACCACUGGGAAGUUGACGACCACAGGCUUUGUUUCUAGGUCCCUUACGUUAAACAGCUUCGUCCACUCUCUGGGGGAGGAGAGCCUCUCAGGGCGCUCCUUUACUCCAAUGAGGAGAGGCACUGGCCUCAAUGUACUGAGGCCUUGCCUCUUCAGGUCAUCCCCCAGGAGAGCAGUAGAUUUGGGGAGGGGAGUGAGCAGCAGCACCCUGGUCUCCCUUCUUUUGGACCCGGCCAGCCAACGGAGUGCUGCAGGUGGAGGGGUCCCACGCAGGAGAAUCCCACCACAGAGACCCCUCAGGCAGCAGGAACGCCAUCCAUCAGAUAUCUCUAAGAGUGAGGUGAGCAUUGGAGGAGAGAUCGAGGAGGUUUCCGUCGAGGGACAUGACAACAGCAAUAAGUUUGAUGAGAUCACUCAGGACCUCAGUGUAUCUCAGCUCAGCCAGACUCAAGGAGCUGACGACAUGGAGGUCGUGGCAUGA